AUGGAUAACUCGUCUUGCUCUUCGGUGGCUACUGGUCCUCCUCAGGCGUCUUUCCUUCAGAGGACGCUGCAACACUUGUCCUCCACACAGUGCCUGAAGCUGAGAGCAGAGGACGCUCCUCCUGUCGCUGUAGUCGCUCUUCAGAGGUACUUAAGUGAGCCAGUUGUGGGUGAGCAACCCGACAGCUACAGCUACGAUGUGACGGUCACCGACGGAGUCUGGAGAGCCAAAUGCUUUGUUCACUCAAGUUUAAAUCACCUGGUGCACACAAACACCCUGAGGACCGGGACUGACAUCAGCAUCACGCAGUGCUCUUAUGUUUACAAUGAGAAGAGACUGGGCCACGGUUACAUGCGCAUUGAGAAGCUAAACUGUGGUGCAGGGAGGUCUGAAGUCCUGCCCCGGGUGAAGGAUGUGAGUGCACUGCCCUUGCUGGUGAAGCAGGGCAUGGAGAGGAGCGUGGUGCUGCAGAGUGAUGUGCCUCUUCAGGUGAGCCGCAAACAUUACCUGUCUCUGUGGAACAACGACGAUCCAGAGGGAGACAUAUGGACCUCAGGAUCCCCCUCAUCCGUCACAGUGCUGGACGUGUCCAAGAUCACUCCUCUUAGUAGUCUGGAGCCAUCCUUUAGAAACGCAAUGAGAUCUUCCCCUCUUCCUCUCCUUGUGAAGAUAAUACACAAAUCCAGAUUACGAUAUUAUGGGAAAUUUGGACUCAAAAUUGAUUACCCCUACCAGGCGUACUUUGAAGUCGCUGAUCAAAGCGGUACAAUGUCCCUCGUGCUUUGGAACGAACUUUGUCCAGAGUUUUACCAGAGACUGAAUGUUGGCACAGUGUUGUACCUCCAAAAUUACGCCCUGAAACAGAGUUAUUCACACCGCUCACGCCCGCAAAUGGACCAUUACAAGCUGAGGAGCUUUAACUCUGUAGAAAUCUGCCUGAACCGACACAACCCAGUGUCAGUCAUCACUGUAGUCUCACCGAAGAGUGUACUGCCGCAGUGGAGAUUACCUGAGCUUUCCUACCAGUUCACCAAGAGGUCAGAGUUGGACAAAUUAGCCAACAAUGUUGCAUGUGACAUCAUUGGUUUGGUAUUAUUUGUUGGUCGUGUUGAACGACUAAAGAGUAAAAGCGACAAGGGUCCAGAGAAGUUCUGGACGUACCGCUGGGUCCACGCUGUGGACGGAUCCACUGAGCAACCUUUUAUCCUGGAGGUGUUUUCUUCUUCUCAGCCUGAAAUCUUCAGUCAUAUUUGCCCCAUGACCUACCUGGUGUGCACUCACAUGAGGGUGUGUCAGGUGGAAGGCUCAUCACCCUACCUCACAAGCAGCUGUGAGACAGAGAUGUUCAUCACAGGGUAUCACAAAGGUCAGCCAUAUGUGAAGGACCCUACAGUGAAGAGCUUCAUCCAGUGGACCAAGACUCUGAAGGACAACAUCAUCCUCCAGAGGACCACUAUUGGUGGCCAUUAUUGUUAUCCUCAUGCUCCGAAGACAUUCACCCAGUCAAUGAUAAACGCCUCAGGACAAGCUCCUCUGGUUUCUGCAGCUGACUUGAAGAGAGAGUUGGAGACCCUUCAAUACAGGGAACAUAAAAAACUUGCAAUUCAAGGACAGAUCACAGCAGUGCGAUAUAUGAACAGCCCAAAGAGCACAGAGUCCCAAGGCCCAGAGGGGAAACGGGUACCAGAUGUUUCUACUGAUGCGUGUGAACAAGCUGUGCUAGACACACACAACAAUCCCACCACUGCUGAGGCCAGUGUAAUAUCUCCAUCUUCUGAGGACAUCUCAGCAAACAGAAGGAAAAGAAGAAUGAGAAAAGCCCAGCAGUCCUCCUCGAGUCAUGGUAGUACGCCACCAAAAAGGAGGUCUGGACAUGAAAAUACAGAGGGAGGUCGAGGGCAGGAAGAAGAACAGCAGGACUCAGAAUCAGAGGCAGUGCAGGAUGUUGAAUAUGGCUUAAAACCACAAAAUCAAGACUCUGACGUAUUAUCCUGGGAAAGCAGCAGCUGGCUGAAGCAACAACAAGAAAUGUCUGAGCAUUUGUGUCGAGGCAGUCUGUACCAGGACAGCAUCUCUCGAAGGUUCACGGUUGAUGAAAAGAAUGUACUCCUGCAGUGGAGUAACCUUCAGGCCUUGCGGUGGACACCAGAGCAAAGUGCUGACCCCACCCCACCCGUGGGUUGUCCAGGCUACUACCUGAUAACAAUAUUAGGCAUAAACAAGCAGAUAGCCGUUGAUGCUGCAUAUUUUCCUGUUGUGCGCUCCAACGAGCCCAGGGCUGUAGGUCUUCCUCAGCAUCCCCACGGCAACACGAUGCUGUCCUGCCUGUCGUCAGGAUUCCUCUGCCCUCUCAGUGACGCGGCCAACCACAAUGACGUAACACUUCCUGAGCCAGAGGAGAUUUUGGUGACUGCCAGUGAGCUGGAGGAUACACAUGUGGUGUGCAUCUUGGACCUUUGUCACCUGGGUGGAGAUAAGGUGGAAGUCCUGAUCAACAAGGUGUACAGAGUGACGGAGGUUUCCAUUAACUAGGUUUUAGAAAAACAUGGUCAGCUCUGUGAGAGUAUCUUGUAAUUAUGUUCAGCAGGCAUUAAUUAUGUUCAUUAUUAAAAUUCAAAUUAU